GUCUGAGGCUGAAAGGACCUUUACGUUGGACGCAACGUGCUACGUCACUAGCUGUACGUAAAGGGCGUGGUGACGUCUGUUUGCGAGCAUUCUGCGGUCCACCGCCAAAUUCAAACAGAAAGAAAGAAACGCGAAGAACUGCAGCCGCAGCGAAGAGGACGGACUUUCUCACAACUGAUAAUUUCAGCUCAGUCAGUAUGGCGUCUUCAGUGAUGGAUGGAGUGGGUAAAGCUGUGGUUGGAGUCUGGCGAGCACACACAGUCCUGGAUGAGUCUGACGGGGCAGAAAGCUCCCCAGAAGCCCCCGACCGUUUCCGCAAACUUCGCUCCUCAUCUUCACUGAACUCUCUGCGAAUGUCUUUGCGCAAGAGGCUCCCACUGCGCUCGGUCCAGGCCAACUCCCUCCCAGAGAACCCAACUUGGGAAACCCUGAAGGAAGAACCAAAACCAAGCACCAUCAGCAAACUUAGUCGUAGUGCUCGGAAUUCCAUCAACGGAGUGUAUCAGAGGUUCCAGAGGACCAGAGAGUUUUCACGUGAGGAGUAUUUGGUAGCAACACCAGGUCAUGAUGGAGAAAAUGCUGGUACUUCUACUUCUUGCACACCGAGGCGUACACCUAGACGAGGUGCUACACCCAGACGCACCCCUAGAGCAGCAGCCACACCCGGGCGUACUCCAGGCUCUAGAGGUCGAAGGACUCCUGAGGCGUCCGUACGGGGUGUGAAAACAGGACGAGGCAGGAGACAACUGGUCCGCAUGGCUGCAUUACGAAGUCCUUUUGCUUCCCCCAACACACAGAACCAGAGGCUAAAAUUUGAUCAAGAUCUAGAAUCAGUUUCCAGUGGGCUCAGGAGGCUCAAACAUCUGUCAAAGGCCUUUGAUGACAUCAUCCACAGAGAUGACAGGCAGUUCAACUAUUCCCUAAUUAUACCCAGGUACAAGGGAACGUUCUGGAGGGGCGAUGAUGAGAAAGUUGGACCCCAGUGGUAA